AUGGCGCCGCCGAAACAACCCAACCUCACCGGCUUCGACCCCCAGAAAUUCGCAGCAGCCGCUGGUCAACCGAAAGCCGAUCCAUGGGCACGACAUGAAGCAUGGCGAUACACCGGCCCUUUCACGCGAUGGAAUCGUUUCAAGGGCGCAUUCCCCGGCCUGGGCAUCGCGACUGUAGCGUUCGCGGGCUACCUUGUAUACGAACAAAUGUUCCUAGCACCAGCACACGGCGCGCACGGCGAACACGAUGACCAUGGAAAGCAUUAG